UGGACCGCGGCCGAGGACGCGGAGCUCGCGGCGAAGGUCGCGGAGUUCGGGCAUCUGGACGGAAGCACAAAACGGACGCUGGACGUGGGCAACUGGGAGACCGUCGCCAAGCACAUGAGCACCGCGCGGACGGCCAAGCAGUUGAGGUACCGGUGGCACGCGCACGUCGAUCCGGCGGCGAAGAAGGGACCCUGGACUAUCCCGGAGGUGCGGACGGUCAUCGUCGAGCACAGCCUCCGCGGGAACCGCUGGGCGGAGAUCUCGCUGAAGGUGCCCGGUCGCCCGGACGGCAAGAUCGAAGGCGCCUGGCGG